AUGGCGAGUGCAGCACGGGAGCUGCUCAGUGUCCCUCCAGAGAAUAUGACCGCAGUGUUCACCGAAAGUUCGGUCGACGGGGAGCUGGCCGACGUCGCACGCGCCAGCUCCGUCGACGACAAGGGCAGAGACGGCGUCGAGGCUCCCAGCCUGUUCCUGCCCCCGCCGCACGCUCGCACGGGGCCGGCUCGCCGCGCUCUUCCUCUCCUAGGAAACGGCUAUGGGAACCACCGCAACUCGCCCGGCCUGCUGGUCUCUCCGGGCGGCAUGAACAAGAACAUGCAGGCCAAGUCCCCCCCGCCCAUGAACCUGGGCAUGAACAACCGCAAGCCCGACCUGCGCGUGCUCAUCCCCCCCGGCGCCAAGAACAACAUGCCCUCCAUUAACCAGAGAAUAAACAACUCGCAGUCUGCCCAGUCAUUGGCCACCCCCGUGGUUUCUGUAGCAACGCCCACCCUACCAGGCCAGGGCAUGGGAGGUUACCCAUCUGCCCUCUCCACAUCCUACGGUACAGAAUACUCUCUGAGCAGCGCAGACCUUUCCUCUCUGUCUGGAUUCAACAGUGGUAACUCUCUCCACCUGGGCUCCAUGAGUGGCUGGCAGCAGCAACAUCUCCAGAACAUGCAGCACUCAGCACUCAGUCAGCUAGGAAAUUGCACUAGCACUCACUUGUGUCAGAGUUCAAAUCUCUCCCUGCCUUCUGCUCAAAGCCUGCACAUCAAGUCCGAACCUGUUUCUCCUCCUAGAGAUCGCAGCAGCAGCACGCCGGGGGGCUACGGCCACCAGCAGCCCCAGAUCCCCUCCGGCCGGCAGGACUCGGGCCGCUCCCCCGUGGACAGCCUGAGCAGCUGUGGCUCGUCCCACGAGGGCAGCGACCGCGACGAGCACCGGAACGACUUCCACUCCCCCCUGGGACUGAGCCGGCCGCCCCUGGACGAGCGCGAGAGCCCCUCGGUGAAGCGGGUGCGCCUGUCCGAGGGCUGGGCCACAUGAUUGGGGCCUCGCCCCCCCCCCCCCCCCCGUGUCGCCCCCGUGCCCCACCCCCGCCCGCCCCCCUCCCUCCCCGGCCUCGCUCGCGGCCAGCGGGCGAUCGGCCCGAGCCCCCGACACGCAAUGUCACGACGUCGCCCCCGUCCCCGUCCCCGUCCCCCCCUUCCCCGCCCCCCCAGCCCGAGACCCUCGUGCUAAAUAUCACCUUACUCACCUCCCGGGCCCCCCUCUCUCUAUCUCUCUCUCAACUCUCUGUUUUUCUCUCUCUAUUGCUUAAGGAAGAAAGGGGACGUCCUUUUCUCGAUAUAACUGUAAUGUUUUUCUUUUUUCUUUGUUUCUUUUUUGCAGAGUGUGUGUGUUAUACAUAUUGAAGUUAUAUAAAAGCAGUAGGGUGAUGGUGGGGAGGGGGGGCCGGGGGCAUAGGGGUGGGUGUUGGUAAGGUCAGGAUCAGGGGCUUUCUUUGGUGGGGAACUAUGCAUACUUGUGCCGUGUGUGAAGAAAAAAAAGAAAAAAAAAAUCCUGUAUGCAUAUAUAUUUACACGUGUGUGUAUGUGUACAUAUACGCAUAUCAACAAAUAAACAAAAAAAAGUCAGGUACUCCGGUGUUUUGUAAAAGUACUUACAACUUGCCUCCGCGAUAAUCAGUAAGCAGAGGAAAACAGGAGAGCGUAUGUAGAGCUGAGGAAAAGGUCUAGCACUUGAGUUGGUCCACCAAUACACAUGUACAGUGUCAUGUUCAUUGCUACCUUCUACACGGUUCUCCCUUGCAAAAUGUAUGUUAACCAUAGAUGAUGUCAUGUUGCAGGUUCAACGUAUUUAUGUAAAUAGAGGGGUCGGGGGUCAGGAUGGGGGAGUCAAAAGUUGCCAGGCAGUACAGAUUUAUUUACUUGCGAGAUGAAAGCUAUUAUGCAACAUUUGAAGGAUUGUACAGGUGAACCCACAGACCCAAUGCUAGACGAACCUGGAAGCCAGGAUGAGUGCAGUGCUUCAGGCACGGAGCUUUGUUAAAGGCUCAUCUUACGAUCCAAGAGCCAUCUUAGUUUAAUAAAGGAAACCCCGGGUCUUGUAUUAGCUGUUCAGUAUUAAACAAACAGAAACAAAAAACAAAAAAAUUACGAUACACUUGCUUAUAUUUUCAUAUGAAAGGAAUACAAUGCAAAGCAUUUUUUGUGGCUUUUUGUAGUUUCUAUAAGCCAGAAUGUGUUUUUGAUAGCUUUGCUAAUAUGACACGGAUAGUCCAACAAGAGAUGAAAUUACUGGGCUUUCAAACCUUAAGCCAUGAAAACAGACUGGGAACCCAUCAUGCUUUGCUGAACUGUUUUCUCUUUGUAGGGGUUUCGUUUUUAAACGUGUAUUUCUAAUUAUUAUAUGAUUACGGUAAUAUUAAGAAUCGAAAAAAAAAGAAAAAAGGACCAAAAAAAAAAAACAUCAGUGAAAUUAACAUGCUUGUGUAUAGCUUUCUAAUAUAUAAAUAUAUCUAAUAAUGAUUUCUUUUGUUUGUUUUCUAGUGGAGUUUGCUAUGUGCAGUUGCACAUGUUGUCAGUUCUGUUGGGUUUGAGCUCUGGCCUGUGUUGUCCAGAUGCCUGUUUAAUCUAACCUUGAGAUCCUGCCGGAACAGCCUGGCCCUUGUCUGUGUGAAGGACUCGAUGAGGAAACAUAGGCCUCUUUUGCUGAUAAAUCAUCGUUGUGGACAUUGCCUGGGGAGUGGAAUGGGAAGCUGCAUAUAAACGUGACAUAUUCUUCCCAUUGUUUAACAACAAGUGAGACACCAAAUGACAUGUUCGUUUGUGAUCUCAAGGAUUAGUCGUCACCCCCACCCCCCCCCCCCCCCCCGAUGUCACCAUCGACGUGACAUUGGCCUGCUUCACUAUGUAUAUUUUGGAAGAUUAUUUAUCGUUUCUUCUUCAAAUCCUCGUUUGCCUCUGAUCAUAAUAAAACCCUUACUUGUGUGCAGGGCAUCACGCAAGUCCAUAUUGAAGUAUUUAUUUGAAGUCAUAUUUAUGUCAGAGUGCAAUGUCCUCGUAUGAUCGUGGUCACUUUUGUAAUGAUGUCACAGUCAUCAGAACAGGAGUUGUGUAGAUAGACUCCUUCCGUCCAGCUGUCUGCCCCGGCAUCCAAAUCACACUACCCCCAAAGUCAGAGAACUAUCGGAGGAUGGUUGUCAGGAAAUUGAUACGGCUGGUUUGGGGGGAGGAGGGGGGGAAGCACAAUGGUUGAUUUUUGACAACUAACUGUCUUGAUUCAUUUCUAAAAAUAGAUCUCACCACCAAUCUCUCUCUCUCUCUAUCUCUCUAUCUCUCUCUCUCUCUCUCUCUCUCUCUCUCUCUGCCACCCACUCCCCUAUCUGCUGUCAGUGUUAUGGUAUUUCUGUGUGCAUAAUUUCCUGCGAGUUCACGAUGUUGUUGCUGUAUACAGUCUGUGUUGUCCGGUUAAGGGGCAGAGCCCUUUCUUAUGAUCUUUUUUCAUUCAAAACGAAAGGUUAAAAGGAACGUGAUUUUCCAGGCAGCCUAUAGGUGUGAAGAAACCAAAGCCAGUGGCAUUUUCUGUGUUGUAAUACUCUUUUUUUGCCCCAUGUCAUUCAUGGUUAUUUGCAAGCGUUGACAUCGACAACAAAAAAAUCAAUAAAAGCCUUUGCUCAAAUCUAGAAUCGGUUUCCCCAUCUCAGUCUCAAUGGGUCAUGAACGGUCGCCAAUAUGUAGAGCCUACUGAUGGCUUUGUCUUACACUUGGUGAGAGGUAUUUAAGAAUGCCAGCUGGAUACAUGUUUGGUGAUGUAUCCCCCUUAGUGCAUUGCAUUGAUGGUAUCUCAGUAUUUCAGUAAGAGGGAGAGUCAUUUGAAAAUGACUCAGUUGAUUCAUUCAGGUGAAAUGACCAUAGAAAAACCCUGUUUCGGUAUCCUAUAUCCAUCCCAGCCCUACAGCUCUGGCCCCUGUCGUGAUGCAUGUGUCACUCGCUCUCUGAUGAGGCAAACAUGUCGCAUCAAAACAAUCUCCUUUUACCUGUCGUGUGCUUUUCGAAAUCUAGAUGGCGUUCAUCCAUUUGUUUUUGUUUUGUUUUAACCAAAGAGAAACUUGUUUGUUUUUUGAUCUCCGAUUUUCCUUGUUACUAUCCGUUUGAAGCGAUUGUGUUUCCCCAUCUGUUGAUCAGUUGAAAUGUGUUGUACUGAUAGCUUCUACUGGUACCUCAAAAUUGACCCACCCAGUACCUCAGCUGACUUCUCUGCCGCUUGCAAUGCAAAAAGGGGAGACCAUGCACCUGUACAGUCAUGUGGAAUAUUAACUGAACAUUGCUUGAGGUCUCUGCAUUCACAUGUGAUUUUCUGACUGCUCCAUCUUUGUUUGUGGUUUCUUUAUUUAAGUUGUAUACAUUGAAAAAGAAGACGAAAAUAAAAAAAUUAAUAAAAAAAAAUGAUAUAUAUAUAUCUUGAAAAAUGCUUAAAAAGUCAGUCUGUAGUAUCAAAUGUAGCUUGUAAAAACCUGAAUUUGGGGAGGUUUGAAGUUAGUGUUUUGGGGAACGCAAGAGAGGCUUUCAGCGGCAUAAGCUGGCCUUUGUCGCCAUUGAGGAUAAGAUGUUAUUAAAUUGAAACCACAUCUCUGUAUCUCAAGGGACUUGAUUCAGCUGUAUGUAGUGAAAACGUGUGGAGAUGAAAUAAACGUUUCUUCUGCUGGGGAAAGGUAUUUGUAUUUUGCAGAGAAUUCAGUAAAGUUACUGGCUUUCUUAGUUA